UGGUGAUUUAAGUCAAAAUCAAAUAGUUCACAGUCGGUGUUUGAUAUAAUGCGAUAGUCAUUUUAACCCAUUUACAUGUCACUGUUUCAAGUCCGACGAAGUCAACUACACUAGUUCUAGAUUAACACUACGACUUCAAGUGUUCCACUUCAACACGUAUCAGUUGUCAAUCAUGCAUCAGCUGACAUCAUUUCGUAACAAACCUAUCUUACAAAAAACAUCCGGAUUAAUAUCAACAAAUGUUUUAGUAUUAUUUAGUAUUGAUCGUAUACUUACUGUAUUUCAUCCAAUUAAAUUUCGUGGUGAUCAUUAUCUUAAUAUAGCUUGUUUUGGUAUUAUAUGUAUUUAUAUAAUUGGAAUAAUAUUAUAUUUACCAACAGCUAUUAAUUCUGGUCUUAUAAUAAAUCAACAUAAUUAUACAAUUUGUCAAUUUGUUGAUCCAUUAAAAUUUAGUGUACAAUAUAAUUUAUAUUUAUCAAAUAUUGGUGCAACAAUUAUACCAACAUUAAUAGCAUUUAUAACUACUAUUAUUAUAAUUGUUAAAUUACGUAAAAUAUUUAAAGAACGUUAUAUUAUGUGUCAACAUAAUGAUCGUAAUACAAAUGAACUACGUCGUAUAGCUGGACAUUUAACUAUGACAACAAUAUUUUUCAUAUUAAAUAUACCAUUAAUUAUUGUUGUAUUAUUAAGACAACAUUCAGAUUAUAGUAAUUAUAAUACUAUUUAUCCAAAAUAUACAAAUAAAUUAAAACAUCUAUCAAAAUUAUUUAGUUCUAUUAAAUCAAUAAAUGCUGCUAUGGAAUUUCCUACAUUUUUCACAUUUUUACCAUCAUUCCGUCAACAUUUAUGUUGUUUAUUAUUAUGUAGACAACAAAAAUCAAAUAUAAAAGAUAUUUUCUCUUUACAUAAUGUACAAGAAAAAUGGAAAACAGUUUUAAAACGAAAUUAUGUUAAAUCAGAUUCUUCAAAUAAUAAUAAUAAUAAUAAUAAUAAUAAACCGAUUGAUCGAUAAAUCACAUAAUACAAGUUGAGAAUUACAUUGAUAAAUUAUCGAUUACCUAAAACAAAACAAAAAAAAAAAACUAUUCAUUUAUGACCAAAAGUAUUUCUGGAUAUUAAAAAAUAAAAAAAAAGAAUAUAAUAAACGUUUUUAUUUCACAUUUCUAUAAAACAUUACUGUAUUAUUAAGAUUAUAAAAGACAUAUUAUCAUCAUAAGAUUCUUUAAUUUCUAUGCAUAUUGUUGUUACUGGUAAUGAAUUAUUCAUUGUUGUUGGUUAUCUAGUGUUUAUUGUGUGCUGGUUUGUUUGUUUGUUUUUUUUUUCGUGAAGAACAUAUUCAAUUUUAAACUGUGGGUUUUUUUUUCAUAAAAAUUUAAUGCAUUAACUGGAUAUAAAAAUGACUAUAGUUCUUUAAGUAGUUUUAUUAAUAGUUAACAGUUAAGCGAAGAUGGAUAGUGGCUAGUAUUGGAAUUCAGGACGCUUGUUUCUUUGUAUUUAAGACUCAUCAGCGGAAUGUACCUGAAUUCUAGAGUUGAUGUUCGCUCCGGGACUCGAACCUAGUAUCGUUCGCGUCAAACAAUAUCACAUUAUCCACUAAGCUACUGAGUUUUGAUAGCCACUGGAUACAGGGUUCGAGUCCCAGAGUGAACAUCAACUCUCAGACGCAGGUACAUCCAGCUGAUGAGUCCUAAAUAGGAUGAAACGCGUAUUCUGAAUUCCACUUCUAGCCACUAUCCAUCCUUGUUUAAUAAGCUUGCGACUUAAGGCUUUAUCGAGGCAAUCCGAACAGGAUACACAUAUGCCAACAUCAGACUGAUCAAUUGCAGUUCUACAUAACAAUAGGAAGAUACAAGUGAAAGUAUAUCAAGUGAAAUUAAGAGUUAAGCUCCUUUACUGAGAUCGAUUACUAGGAAUUAGUUUGAUCGAUUCAUUUCAUGAAUUAUUUUUAAUUCAAUCUAUGAAAAGACUUAAGCCAUCUGAUUGAUGACUUGUUUAUCUUAAUUUGACUGACAAAUUUUCACGUUGUGUUUAUCAUAGUAUCACUUGUUAAGAGUAAUGUGAACAUUUCCAUGCUACUAUUCGAAUAUGAUUUAGAAAUACAGAGUACUGGAUUACAUAUCUUUAAAACGAUACACAUAUUGACAUAUUUCUACAAUUGUCCAAGAGCAAGCGUAUAAGUUAGAUUUUAGAGUAUAUAAGCUGAUAAAUAACUAACAUUAUGAGUUAAACAAUUAGAUUACAUAUUAUCUGUGUUUUCACAGUUCAGUCUGAUGUUAAGACUCAUGUGAGUUUAUGAUAAAACCAAAAUAAACUAUUAAAUAAGUGCACACUGUAAAUGAUUGUUGGUCCGAAUAACCCUGACCAUCGAAAAUCGGCAAAUAAGUUAAUUAUACGGCAUUGAAUUACAAAGAUACUCAACGACCAUACUGAUCUCACUGUAUCAAAUACACCGCUCAUCGGGGCAUUUAACCAUGUACGGAUUCCCGCCUUAUACUACACUUAAUUAUGUCUAUUAUAUUACAUGUACGUUUCACGGCACAUAAAUAGAAAGAUCAAAAAAAGGAGUUAGUAUCUUCAUCAAUAAGAACAUUUCACAAUAGUGUAACUACUCACUAUUUAUCUGAAGGUUUACAUGAUUUUAAUGUUUUAAAAUCUUUCAAGGUAAUGAAUAAACAAUAGAUGAUGAACAGUUAUUUUAAAUGAAAUACACACCCAUAAAGAUUAAGUUAUCAAUUUUAUUAUUGAAUGGUUAAGAUCAUGAGUCAGUU